AUGGAAAUGGUCAAAUUCGAGGAUGAGAGCUCUCUGGCUCGUCUAUAUAACGCCGAAACUUGGCCUGGCUUCUACUCUUCUUUCUUUCCUCCUCAUCACUUCACAUCUCAGUCUCUGCCUCUGCGCCAACAACCGUUUUUCUCUUCCGAGCCUUGUCUCUGCGCUUCGAGCUUCACCUCGAGUCAAACCAGUAGCCUAGGCUACUCAGAUAACUUCACACACAACUUCCUCCCGAGUCCACCGCCAUCAAGUCUCUCAAGCGAUUAUAGCUGCCCAGACUGCUUUUUACACCACCCACCCCCGAAUCUGCCUCUGCCCAUCCUCCCCUCCCCCAACAUCUACCGCAGUCUUUACCAAGACCAGCUCGCUCCCAUCAAGACGGAGCCUUUACCCUUUUUUACACACAACUACCUCUCGCGUCUCCCACCCCCAAGCCUCCCUUCAAACAACAGCUGCGCCUGCUGCGCCUCCGACUCUUCCGCCAGCACACAGUUGCCAUCUCCUCCCCUCUCCUCCGCCUCCGACCACCACCAAGAGGCAAUGUCUUGCUCUCCCGUCUCCGCCCACGGAAAGUCUCCUGCUGCAGUGGGUGCGGUCCGAGAGUCUCCUGCUGCCGUAUUGGGAGGCUCGGUGGGCGGCCCCAGCAGAGUCUUGCCGGCUCAGACUCGGGCCCAGAAGAUCCGCGCGGUGCUCGAUGAGUACGAGAUCACCUCCCCCGCCCUCAUCCAGAGACUCAUGUCGCUGCCUGUCGGCCGAGAGGAGAAGCGAAGCUUCGUGCGGCUCCUCCGCCUCCAUGGCGUCUCGUACGCCGACAUCAAGAACCUCGGGGAGCUCAGCACCUCCCUCAGCACCCUCCGCGGCUGGGACCGCAUGAAGAAGCCCCCCUCCGAUCGCCCUCGCAUCCCGCGCUGGAAAGUUAAAGACGUUGAGGUUAUGAAACGCGCCGUGGACGCGGUGGUCGGGACGAUGGAAUUGGGGUCCCCCGGCUUCUGGCGUUGUGUGGAGGAGGUGAUGGCCAGGACCGGGGCCUCCCAUCGCUUUUCUGCCCAGGCCAUCGCGGCCAAGUACGACAACAGAAGUCGGGGCGACAUCGCUCGCCAGAAGGCCAACACCAUGGCCCAGUAA